AUGACAAAAAAGGCGUUAGUCUUCAUUGCUAAUGGAAGUGAAGAAAUUGAGACGGUCACCACUGUCGAUGUUCUUCGACGUGCCGAGAUCGAUGUUGAUGUUGUUUCCAUUGAAAAAAAUGGACAAGAUGCCUUGAAAUGCAGUCGAAACGUUCGCGUCUUGCCAGACAAGGUGCUUGAUGAUGUAAAGACUAACCAAUACGAUUGUGUCGUAAUCCCUGGUGGAAAUGACGGAUCAAAGGCAAUGGCUGCCAACACUGAAGUUGGUCAAAUUCUGACGAAACAUUAUGAGGAUGGAAAAAUUGUUGCUGCUAUUUGCGCUGGACCACGAGCAUUACUAGCUCAUAAGAUCGGAGUCAACCAUAAACAUACAAUAACAUGUUAUCCAAGUGUUCGUAAAGAAUUUAUUGAUGGUGAACCGUACAAACUCGAAGCUCCUGAUCAAGUUGUUUGCCAUAGUAAGCAAACAGCAGCAGAUGCUGAAGGAAGAGAGUAUCAUAUUGUUACAUCUCAAGGACCGGCGACAACUAUGGCUUUUGCAUUGAAAUUAAUUGAAUUACUCAAAGGCAAAGACGAAUCAACAAAAGUCAAAGAAGGAUUACUUGCAUGA